CGUCGGAAAGGUAUGAAAUUAAAUCAAUUUAUUAUUUUUACCGUAAGGAUUUUUAUGCUAAAUAUCUUCUAUAAUCUUUUAUUCCAUAGCUAUGAAUACCUCUUGCGAAUUUGCGAUUCCCCUGAUUUCAGCUUCUCCGAUUUUCUUCAUACUUCUGAUGUUAUUCAAUCUUUCAUUCUUUCAUUGUGUCACAGUGUAAGUGUGUUAUUUCUGUCCUGUGUGGCUGCUUCCUGCGAGUGGAAUACUGGAAUCAGUGGAUACCGGACAGCCAAACUACCGUCUAGCAAAGCAAGUAAGCAACCACUCCAACCGGAUUCAUCUAGGCAGGCACUGGGUAGCAACCACUGUAUAAGAAGAAUUGCAUUUGAGGCCUUCCAUUAGUCAAUGCCGGGCCUGUUUACUGUAGAGUACACUGUUGAGGCACUGUUUGACACUGUUGAGACACUGUUGAGACACUGUUUGGCACUGUGGAGACACUGUUUGGCACUGUUUGACACUGUUUUGAUGUAGAUUUCUUUGCCAAAAAAGAAAAUAAGGAAGUGUGAAGUUUAUUUUAGACCGUCCCAAAAAGAAAAGUGUGAAGUUUAUUAAAAACUGGAGGGAGUAUAUUUUCAAAAAAGUAUUUGGUUGAUACAUAUUGUCAAACUGAAUAAUAAUUUGUUUUAGUAAAUAUAAUAGAUAGUAUCAAUGGAAGGAUAAAAUAUAGUGUGAUGUUAAUCACCCUUCGUCG